AUGAAGGGCUCAGAGGGGACACUGGUCUGUGUGCUGCAUGCUGUGAAUGUGGACAGCCUGCUCCCAAGCCGUGUCACCUUCAUGGACUUGUCCCCUGUCCCUCUGUUUUGCAGCAACAGAGACCGUGAAGAGAGAAGGGCAGAGCAUCAAGAGCAGAACGCAUCCAUGUGCAGCUGUGACAAAUCUGGGAUUAUCUUGGAAAGUUUGCACAUGAGUGAGAAUGAAUGCUGCCUGCCUGAAGUGGUUUAUCAAGGCACCAGCAAGACAAAGCCUGGGCUCGGGGAGACCAAGAGGCUCCAAAAGAAACCAAUGGAGAAUAUGUUUGCAAGGUCCCAGUCAGCACUGGGUGAACUUGGAGCACUUCAAGCUGGAAAGACGCGGUCCGCUCUUCCCCCGAGGGCCGGCACAGGGAGCCGCGGGGAGCGGGGCCAGGUCCGGGUGUGUCCCCGGGCGGCGGGGGCAGCGCCGCUCGCCCCGCCCCGNGGGCUGUACCCGGGCUGUGCCCCGGCUGUACCCGGGCUGUACCCGGGCUCUGCCCCGGCUGUACCCGGGCUGUACCCCGGCUGUACCCGGGCUGUGUCCGGGCUGUACCCGGGCUAUGUCCCGGCUGUACCCGGGCUGUGCCCCGGCUAUGCCCUGGCUGUACCCCGGCUGUACCCGGGCUAUGUCCCGGCUGUACCCGGGCUGUACCCCGGCUGUACCCGGGCUAUGUCCCGGCUGUACCCCGGCUGUACCCAGGCUGUACCCCGGCUAUGCCCGGGCUGUGUCCGGGCUGUACCCGGGCUGUACCCGGGCUGUGUCCGGGCUGUGCCCCGCAGAGCGGCGGCGCAGGGGGAGCUCUACCCGGGGUAUCCACUCUUUUUCCUCCCCUCCCUCCCACUCCCUACAGGACAGUUUGCAAAAAGGAAGAAGACUUCACUUUGGUUCACAGUCGCACUGCUGGUGGUGUCUGUUUUCAUACUCACCAUAGGUCUGGCAGCUACCACACGAACAGAAAAUGUUACCGUGGGAGGCUACUACCCAGGCAUUGUUCUUGGCUUUGGAUCUUUCCUAGGGAUUGUUGGCAUCUACCUGGUAGAAAACAGAAGACAAAUAUUGGUGGCCUCCAUCGUGUUUAUCAGCUUUGGCGUUGUAGCAGCCUUCUGCUGUGCUAUCGUUGAUGGAGUGUUCGCAGCACGACACAUAGAACCCAGACCUCUGUAUAACAAAAGAUGCCAGUUUUAUUCCAGUGGGAUAGGAUUCCUGUAUGAUGCCUACCAGACUGAGGUGACAUGUCAUACCUUAAACAGCAAGUGCCAGCUGAAAGUGAAGAGUAACACAUGCUAUUGCUGUGAUCUGUACAACUGUGAGAAUUCAGACCAGUCCUCCAGCUACUAUGAAUUUCUCGGUGUGAGCAGCUGUCAGGAUGUGCUUCACCUGUACAGACUGUUGUGGUCCUCCACAGUCCUCAACAUCAUCGGCUUGUUUCUGGGGAUUAUCACAGCAGCCAUUCUUGGGGCAUUUAAAGAUAUGGUACCUCUGUCCCAAAUUGCUUUCAGUGCUGCACCUCCUCCUCAGAUCCUGUACAACCCUGCCCAGCAGAUCCUGACAUACGCUGGGUUCUGUCCUUCUGCGGCAACCAUUUCUACAUAUCCAUCCUACCCAUUACCUCUUCAGCCUGCCAGCAAUUUUCCAGGAACAUCAUCUACUGACAUUUCUUUAUCAGAAGAAACCCAGCCUCCUUCUCAGUCCAGCUCCAGCUAUGGUCUUCCCCCAAAUGCUCCAGCCCUCUAUACACCGACCUACUGCUUGCCUGGAGAAAAGCCUCCACCAUAUGCUCCAUAGAACAAAGAGUUUAUUUUAGUGGCUGGUAGUCUUUUAUUUUAUUUUAUAGAAACCUCUGGAAUCUGUGCUGUGCAGGCACUAGGCUUCCCAAAGGAACCCAGCACAGCGUGUGCUAUUGCCACUCUGCUUGUACCCACAUCUCCUGUGAGCAGGGCAGAGCCCUGGAACUCUAGGGGCAGGAACAUCACCACUCAGUUUGCCUCAGUCAGAUGUAGUAGAACCUUCUGGCUACUGUAAGCAUGAGAUGUUUCCCUCUCAGUCCACUGCAGAAUUGAUUUUCUUCGAGAGGAAAAAUGAAGAAAACACUCUGGAUAUGUGUUCUGCUUUCAUAAACCAGUAUCAAAGGGUUUUAGCCUGUGUUGUCUGAGCUCUCAGAGUCAAUCAUUUUGGGUAGCAAGAGUUUGUUUGCUUGUAGUGUUUGAUAACUCUUCUGGUGAAAGUGUUGUACCAAUAAAGUGUGGCAAUUAUUUUACAAUAAAGUUCACAGUGUAUAUUUAUACUACACCUAA